AAAAAUGUCUUUCUCUCAACUUGCCAGGGUGGGCUACCAAUACAAGAAGAAGCCUAAAACAUGAAAGAAUAUAAAAUUGCAAAAGAAGAAACAGCUUACUAAGGAUAUCACUGCCAGAAUUCUUACUGACCGAAUCAAUACAGUAGUUGAAGAUCCUGAGGAGUCGUUUGAAGAGGAUACAAUUGAAUUUGAUAAUGAAACAAUCGGUAGAAAAUCAGUGCAUGAAUACAAAGCUUCUAUCCACAAGAACCCAUUGUCCCAAACUGACAAAAUUGGGGAUUUUAAAGAGAAGGAAAAUUUAAAAACGAGGAAUUUUGACGCAAGCUACAACCAGAAUAAGGCGAAGUCAACGACUAAUUUAGUAUCUAAAGACUCAAUCACACAUUUCAGAAUUGCAACAUCUAUUGGAAAUAGUGAUGGUAUUGACCAACAUUUGAUGGACGAGGAUUUCAAAUCUAUUGAUGAUGAUUCUCAAGAAAAGCCUUUGUCUAAAGCAGGUUGUACUGGCCUCCUCAGGACUUAUGAUAGCUGAGAGAAUACCCUCAAUAGAGAUCUUAUCAAGCAGAAAUGUAUUGAAAGUUUAAAAUAAUGAUUUAAAGCACCACAAUAGACAGAAGAGGAAGAAGAUCAACUCUUCCAAUGUUGUUGAGAGGUUAGAGCUAAGACAUAUUGACAAGAAGAAUAGACUUAUUGAAAAAUAAAUCUCAGUAUGAUCAAGAGGAAUUGCUACAAUUGAGGGAGAAACCGCAGAUUAACAAUAAUUCAAAAUCUCUCGUUCACAAAACUAGGCAGAAAAGUAAAUGCAAGAAGCCUGCAUACCUUAAAAGCUCAGACUCCUACAAAGAGAAUCUUAAGGAUAGGAUCAUGACCUCAGAGCAGAUGAAAUUACAGCGCGAGAUGUCAGAAAUGACACUCCAUCCAAAAAUAAAUAAAAAGUCAAAGAACUUAAAAAGAGGCAUUGAUGAUUUAUACAAUUGGAAAAACAGGAAGAAUAAAGAGAAUGAGAUUAAGAGAGAUCAGUAUAAGACAGAAACUUCAAAGACGCUCUCUAAAAUCCAGUCAGUGAAACUAAUCGAUUCUAACUCCGAGAUGAUCGCAGCCCGAUGUAGAAACAAUGGAGAGAAAAUUGAGGACAAACUCCUUCGAGAUGGAAUCCGUUUGAAGCAGAAACAUCUGAAACUUUUAGAAGAAAACAGCAGAGCUGAGAUGUUGGUUUGAUCUCCUCGGAUUGAGCCCAAGAAGAAGUCUGAUUAUAAGAAGAUUUUGUAUCCUCCAAAGACCAUGCCUGAUAAUCCAAAUUUUGACUUAGAAGAGAUUUCACAAAUUCAGAGCAGACAAUAUGUGAUCAGUAGAUUGUUUAGGGAAAGAAAAAAGUUUGUGUAUAUAUAA